AUGUCCCCCGCCCAAGUCACCCAGCAGCUCGACGACCUCGACAUCGCCUCCACCCUCACCACCCCUGCCGUCACCCGCCCCUCCUCCCCCGCUCCCCCCAGCCUGCCCCGCUCUCCCCUUCCCACCGGCAAGCACAAGAUUGCCGUCAUCGGUUCUGGCUCCUGGGGAACCGCCCUCGCCAAGAUCGCUGCCGAGAAUGCCUGGAAACACAAGGACGAUUUCCACUCCGAAGUCCGCAUGUGGGUCCGUGAAAAGAUUGUCGACGGCAAGCCCCUCACCCAGGUCAUCAACCGAACCCACCUCAACUCGCGAUACCUCCCCGACGUCCCUCUUCCCCGCAACCUCGUCGCCGUGCCUCACUUGAAGGAUGUCGUCAAGGAUGCCACCCUCAUCGUCUUUGUCGUCCCCCACCAGUUCCUUCACACUGUGCUCAACGAGCUCUCCAGGCCCGGUAUCCUCACCCCCGGCGCCAAGGCCGUCAGCGCCAUCAAGGGUGUCGAGGUUAAUGGUACCGACAUCCAGACCUUUGCCAGCUUGAUCAGUGCCAAGGUCGGCCUCCCCUGCUCUGCUUUGAGCGGUGCCAACAUUGCUCUUGAAGUUGCCUUGGGCCAAUUCUGUGAAACCACCAUCGGAUGCCCUACCCACGAGGAGGUCUUGCUCUGGCACGCCGUCUUCAACGCCCCUACUUUCCGAGUGGCGGCCGUUGAAGAUGUCAGCGGUGUCUCGCUUGCUGGUGCGCUCAAAAACAUUGUCGCCCUGGCUGCGGGUAUCGUCGACGGUCUCGGCUAUGGCGGCAACACCAAGGCUGCCAUUAUGCGAAUCGGUCUGAAGGAGAUGACUGAGUUCUGUUUGGAAUUCUUUGAGGGUUCCAAGCGAGAGACCUUCUCCAACGAGUCUGCCGGUGUCGCCGACCUUACCGUCACCUGCUACUCUGGCCGAAACCGCAAGUGUGCCGAAGAGUUUGCCAAGACUGGCGCUCCCUUCGACUACAUCGAGAAGAAGCUCCUCAACGGCCAGAAGCUCCAGGGUACCGCCACCGCCGAGGAAGUCAACGCCUUCCUCGUCGCCCGAAAGCGUGCGCACGCCUACCCCUUGUUUGAAAAGGUCUACAAGAUUGCCUUUGAGGGCAUGCCCCCCAAGAACCUCGUCGUGGGUCUCUAA